AUGGCUUUUGCAAACCCUCGAAGUCAAAGAGCGUCUUCUUCUUCUAUUUCUACUCGUGGAUGGAAUUACGAUGUUUUCUUAAGCUUUAGGGGUGAAGACACCCGCCAUACUUUUACAGAUCAUCUCUACAGAGCUUUGAAUCGGAAAGGGAUUCGUACCUUUAGGGAUACCGAAGAGAUACGAAGAGGAGAAGAGAUUGCACCAGAACUUCUAAAAGCUAUUGAAGAGUCAAGGAUUUGUCUCAUAAUUCUGUCGAAAAACUAUGCCCAUUCUAGGUGGUGUUUGGAAGAACUGGCGAAGAUCAUGGAUUGCAGGGAGCAAAUGGGAAAAUUAGUUUUUCCUAUUUUCUACCACGUGGACCCAUACUCUGAGGAACUAGAUACGGGUAAUCAUAAAGGUGCAUUUUUCUAUGAUGACAGGAAUGGAGAUGAGGAGGGAAGGAGGAAGAUAGAGAGAUGGAGGGAAGCGUUGAAGACGGUGGCGAAUGUUAUGGGAUGGUAUUUACGUGAUGGGUCAGAGACACGUGUUAUUGAGGAGAUUACUUCCACUAUUUGGAAGUGUUUAAAUCGGGAACUCUUACAUGUUGAGAAGAACCUUGUUGGGAUGGAUCGUGGAAGGGCGUCUUCUUCUUCUACUUCUAUUGGCCCAUGGGAUUAUGAAGUUUUCUUGAGCUUUAGGGGUCAAGAUAUUAGCCACAGUUUCACGGAUCAUCUCUAUGCAGCUUUGUAUCAGAACGGAAUUCGUACCUUUAGACUGGAUGAUCACAAGGGAGAAGAGAUUGAAUCAUGUACUUCUAAAGCUAUUGAGAAGGCAAGAUGCAUCCUCGUAAUUCUCUCGGAACACUAUGCCCAUUCCCGUGGGUGUUUGAGGGAAUUGGUGAAGUUCAUUGAGUGCAAGAACCAAAAUGGAAAAUUAGUCAUUCCGAUUUUCUACCACGUGGAACCAUAUCCGAUGUGCGGAAACAGAAGGGGACUUAUGGAAAAGCAUUCCAAGAUCAUGAAAUAA